AUGGAUCAACAAGCAUUAGCUCAGCAACAACAGCAGCAGCCACAACAGCAACCACAACCACAACAAUUAACACAGGAUAACCAACAACAAAACAUGAAUAUACUGAUGGAAGUUUUAUCUGUUAUUAAGCCAAUCGCAGAGAUGGUAAAACCUAAGAGCGGCAGCUUCAAAAUAGGAACUCCAGAGAAGUUCACUGGAUCAGCAAAUGAGGUUUGGUCGGAAUGGAUAGUGAAAUUUCAACGCUACUUAGAACUUACCCAAUGCCCUAGGGACAUGUGGCUCCCAAUUUUGGAAUCUUACUUGUCUGGACCAGCCGAUAGAUACACCAGUUUUGUUAAGAAGGAGACGGAAGCACAUGACUACAACAUAGAAUUACUAAUUCCAACCGGAAAACAAGCAGAUAUGUUCAAAAAAUACUUGUAUUCAGUAAAAAUGAGAUCAGAUUCGAUGACAUCAUUAGAGGAAUAUAACGAGAAAUUCAGUUCAUAUGCAUCGAAAAUAGGAAACAUGUCUGAUGACGAUCUUCGUAUGCAUUACAUUGUUGGAUUGACUCUCUCAAUUGGAAACAAAGUGGAAAUACAUCAUAAACUAAUCCGUCCAACCGAUGGUAAACCAAGAGAACUCCUUGUUUCGAUAUCUCAUUUAUUAAUAUCGAAUCAAGAGAUAUUCAAUAGUAGUAAAACAACUCGUCAACUACGAGUUUGUCUUGUUUCUCAAGUAUCUUUUGCUGGUUUCUGUUGUAAAGAAUAA